AUGCAGAGGAGUAGACGCAGGUGCGAGGGCACUGCCAUGGGCUCCAUCGUGCUCGAUCUCCGGCCCGGCUUCGGCAUCGGACCUUUCUCGCUCGGGAUGCCUAUAUGCGAAGCUUUUGCACAAAUAGAGCAGCAGCCCAAUGUUUAUGAUGUUGUUCAUGUCAAAUACUAUGAUGAGGAGCCUCUGAAGCUUGACAUUGUUAUCAGCUUUCCUGAUCAUGGUUUUCAUCUGAGAUUCGAUCCUUGGUCACAGAGGCUGCGCCUUAUUGAAAUUUUUGAUGUCAAACGGCUGCAAAUGCGAUACGCCACUGCUUUGAUUGGGGGGCCGUCCACUCUAGCAACAUUUGUAGCUGUCUAUGCUCUUUUUGGGCCCACAUAUCCUGGAAUUUACGACAAGGACAGAGGCAUUUACAAUCUCUUUUACCCAGGUUUGUCCUUUGCCUUCCCUAUUCCGUCGCAAUAUGCAGACUGCUGUCAUGACAGAGAAGCUGAACUGCCCUUGGAGUUUCCUGAUGGCACAACUCCAGUUACUUGCCGUGUCUCAAUAUAUGACUCAUCUGCAGACAAUAAAGUUGGUGUAGGGUCAUUGAUGGCCAAGGCUUGUGUACCUCCAUUGCCAGCUGGCAGCCUUUACAUGGAAGAAGUUCAAGUGAAGUUGGGGGAGGAAUUAUGGUUUACAGUUGGAGGCCAGCAUAUACCAUUUGGUGCGUCACCACAGGAUGUAUGGACUGAAUUAGGUCGACCCUGUGGAAUUCAUCAGAAACAGGUGGACCAAAUGGUAAUCCAUUCUGCAUCAGAUCCUCGACCACGGACAACUCUCUGUGGAGAUUAUUUCUACAAUUACUUCACCCGUGGAUUUGACAUUUUAUUUGAUGGGCAGACCCACAAAAUAAAAAAGUUCGUUCUGCAUACCAACUAUCCUGGCCACGCAGAUUUCAACUCGUAUAUGAAGUGCAACUUUGUGAUUCACGAUUCUGAUUUUGGUGGAUCAUUGCGCGAGGAUGCAAAUACCUCAAAAUGCACCAUAACCCCUAGCACAAAAUGGGAACAAGUUAAGGAAAUUCUUGGGGACUGUGGUCGUGCUGCAAUUCAAACUCAGGGUUUGACCAGCAAUCCUUUUGGGUCUACUUUUGUGUAUGGCUACCCAAAUAUCGCCUUUGAGGUCAUGAAGAACGGUUACAUUGCAACUGUAACUCUUUUCCAGUCCUAG